AGUACAAACCUGGAACUAUUAUCGGUGGCAGGCAACCACAGUGCGCACGGAUUGUGGCGUCUCGCGCUCCAUUGGGCUAUUUUUGGAGCCACUCAUUGUGUUGGUUUGUUUGCCCAACAUCCCCUCACAAUUAGGCUCAAAGGAAUUACAAAUGAUUCUAAGGAUCCAUCGGUUGAUACCUUCAAGUCUACUGCUUUACCCAUAUUGAAGCGCUUUGGAGUUCCCUCUGAAGGCAUGGAGCUUAAAAUAGAGAGUCGUGGAUUACCUCCCAAUGGUGGUGGCGAAGUUAUUUUAUCACUUCCUGUUGUUCAGAGUCUAUCUGCUGUUAGUUGGAUUGAUGAAGGUUUUGUGAAGAAAAUUAGAGGAACUACCUUUUCAACCAGAGUGUCUGUUCAGUUUGAAAAUAGCAUGAUUAAAGCUACCCGUGGAAUAAUCAAUCCACUGGUUUCUGAUGUGCACAUUUUCUCUGAUCACAGAUCAGGUCCUCAGGCUGGAAAUUCGCCUGGCUAUGGGAUUUCUCUUGUUGCGGAAACAACUUCUGGUUGCUUCAUCUCUGCAGACACCGCCGUUUCUUAUGCGAGGGAUGAUGAUACUUCUAGUCUUGCAGAUGACGUAAAAGGAGACCUGAUGCCUCCAGAGGAUAUUGGUGUGGCGACUGCCAAUUCUUUACUUGGUGAGAUAGGUCAAAGUGGGGUGGUAGAUUCAACACACCAGGGCUUGCUUUUUCUUCUUUGUGCACUAUGCCCUCAAGAUGUUUCAAAGGUUCGCGUUGGAAAACUUUCCCAGCACGGGGUUGAAACUCUGAGAAAUAUAAGGGAUUUUCUAAAUUUGAAGUUCAUUAUCAAACCAGAGCCGAACUCACAGUCAGUUUUUCUCAAGUGUGUUGGUUAUGGCAUGAAGAACCUUUCUCGAAAGGUAUCAUAAAGUCGUUCAAUAGUGUUAUAAAUCCAAAAUACCAAGUCUGAAAGAAUUAUAAUUUUGAAGCCUGGAAAAGAUCUUAUAUAAGAUUCAAAUUAAUUUUAAAACCUUCAUCA